AGCCGGGAAGCCAUGCCUGUUCCGCCUGUCCGACCACGGAGCAGCGAGCAGCUGCAUCAUUUCCGUUCCUGUCUGUCUGUCUGGAGAAUAGUUCCUAAGAGCGGGGUUCCUGGGUCCCCACGCACCUCCAGCUGUGGUGGACACAGUGAGCCCUCCCUGGGGGGCUGCUGCGCUCGAGGCCCACGGAGCCGUCUAACGCCGUGUCCCCCACACAUUGCCAGGACGCUGGCGUCUGCCCGUGUCAGCGGGAAAUGUCAGCGCAGGCAUUUCUGAUGGACAUUUCUCUUCCUCCGAGUCUGUGGAGGGCUUUUCGUAUCACCCAGGGGCCUUUGCGCCUCCCUUUCUGUGAACUGUCUGUCCGCGUGCCUGCUGGUUGGCAUCUCGUCCAGGGGUCGGGGUGUCAGGGGCCAGCGGCCCUGAGGGACGGGGCGGGAUGUGAGAACACGCCGCAGUGUUUCUCAAGGGCAGUGGAGGACUUCCUGACUCUUGGGGCGCUGGGUAAGUUCCCCCUUCUUGGGAUCACCCAGACAGACUGGCUCAAACCCAGCAAUGCUGGAGGCUGCGGCCCUUUGAAGGGUGGGGAACCCUCUCGGGGGCGCCCCUGGGCUCUGAGUCCAGCUGCUGGGGGUCCACAGCUGACGUCAAGCUGAGCCCCAGGACCAUGAACAACAGCACCUGUGCCUUCACCUGGUCCCCGCCGGUCAGGCUCAUCUGCUACACCUACCUGGGCGGGCUGCUGGUGCUGGGUCUGCUGCUCAACGGGCUGGCGCUCUGGGUGUUCUGCUGCCGCCUGCGCCAGUGGACGGAGACCCACGUGUACAUGGUCAACCUGGCCGCGGCCGACCUCUGCCUGCUCUGUGCCCUGCCCUUCAUGCUGUUCUCCCUGAAUCAGGACGACUCCGGCGACACGGUGUUCUGCCAGCUCUCCCAGGGCAUCUACCUGGUCAACAGGUACAUGAGCAUCAGCCUGAUCACGGCCAUUGCCCUGGACCGCUACCUGGCCGUGCGGCACCCGCUGUGCUCCCGGGGGCUGCGCUCCCCCCGGAAGGCUGGGGCCGUGUGCGCGGCGCUCUGGGUGCUGGUGGUCAGCUCCCUGGUGCUCCGCUGGGUCCUGCGGGAGCAGGAGGGUGGCUUCUGCUUUGGGAAUCCCUCCCGGCAGAACCCCCAAACUGUGACCUUCUCCCUGCUGGGCUUCUACCUGCCACUGGCCGUGCUGGCCUUCUGCUCUCUGCAGGUGGUGACCGCCCUGGGCCGGAGGCCGGCUGCCGACACGGGCCAGGUCGAGGCCACCCAGAAGGCCGUCCGCAUGGUCUGGGCGAACGUGGUCGUGUUCGUGGUCUGCUUCCUGCCCUUGCACGUGGUGCUGACGUGGCGUUUGGCCAUGGGCCUGAGCACCUGUGCCCUGCGGGGUGCCCUCUCCGUCACUAGCAGGAUCUCGGAUGCCAACUGCUGCCUGGAUGCCAUCUGCUACUACUACAUAACCAAGGAGUUCCAGGAGGCGUCUGCCCUGGCCAGGCCCCCCGCUGUCAAGGCCCACAAGAGCCAAGACUCCAUCUGUGUGACUCUGCCCUAGGAGACCAGCACAGGAGUGGGGACCAGGCCCCGCUGCCUGCUGGGGGGCCUGUGACCAGGAGGGGACCUGAGCUCACCGUGGUGCGGACACUCUCCAAGAAGCCUGCUGGGCAGGGAGGCCCAGGCCGGGGGCCUGGGAAGGUGACCACCCCACCUUGGGGUGGAAGAUGGACAGGGGCCGGAGAAGAGGCCUGACCAUGGGGUGGGGCUGUGCACCUGCUGUGUCGCGAGCCUGGUGCACCUGGGCAGG